ACUGAAAGUCAAGCUUUAAUCUGGGCCAAUCAUAAUCUAAAAGAACAGUGUGAGCUACUAGAGUUAUUGCUGAUGUAUUUUAAAGAUUUUGAAGCUGAUACAGAUAUUUUUAUUUCACUUUUAAACAAAUUUAAGGUAAAACUGUGUCUACAGAGAUUAACAUAUUAUACAGAAUACCUUGAUAACAAUCAACCUAAUGAUCUAGUAAAACUGUGUCUACAGAGAUUAAUAUAUUAUACAGAAUACCUUGAUAACAAUCAACCUAAUGAUCUAGUAAACCUGUGUCUACAGAGAUUAACAUAUUAUACAGAAUACCUUGAUAACAAUCAACCUAAUGAUCUAGUAAAACUGUGUCUACAGAGAUUAACAUAUUAUACAGAAUACCUUGAUAACAAUCAACCUAAUGAUCUACUACCAACAGAACAAACCUCCGUAUUCAGAUUGACUAAUGAUAAGAAACCUUACGAACCCUAUGGUGAUUUAAUAUUAAUAAGUGAUUUAAUUUAUAAUAAGUUAUUAUGA